GUUCCGUUUUCGUUGGCGGCCCGCGCGCGACUCCUCUCCGCAUUCGCAGGCAACUUCCCAGCGUUUGUGCGUGUCCCGUAGGCGGAGGUGCACCGCCGUAAAACCCCGAGUCCAAGCCACGCGAUAUUUUGCGCGUCCCGUUCGUUUUGCGUAGCGAUCGGCGAUUCGGGUGAGAGUACACAAUACGUUUCAUGCCCGCGCGCACGCUUGGUGCCGAAAACGAGAGAAGAGGAGGCUGAAAAAGAACGGAGGAGGUGGGGAGCAUUGUUUCUGUGUCAAGCGGCGCGCGUUGGCUCAGCUGGGCUGAGGGUGUCAUUGACCUUCCCAGUAGAGGCCAGUGCCCUCUGAAUGGAAGCGGUACCGUUGCCCGCCUGAGGAGCUCCGAUCCGAAUGUCGGCCACGCAUUAUGAAGACUACAAGGCGGCCCAUAGAGUACAUUGCCCCGGGGCUACCAACACCGGAGGUCGCACCACCUCGGGCCCGGUGGCGCCGUCGCUGGUGGACUACUUUCCACAGGCCGCCGGCGAUGGGCUCAAGGUGGUCUGGGAGCACGCUGUCAACAGCCGGCAGCGGCUAGCGAUGGCCCUACGAGGUCCUGGCAUGGUCAUUGAGGGGGACGUCAGCAUGGGCGCCAGUGGUCGCUACCCAGUACCCAUCAUGGCGCACCCGCCCAUAGCGGCAGCCUUUGGUGGCGGAGGCGGGAAUGGUGACUUGACGCUGGACGAGUGGCUCCAUGAGCUGGCCUUGUGCGGCAUGGCCAAGGGCGUCAAACUCGACUUCAAGUCCACCGAGGUCGUUGAACCUGCCUGCCGUAUCCUGGCACGCUACAUUGACAAGCUGCAAGGGCCUGUAGUGCUGAAUGCCGAUGUGCUGCCAGGACCGGACUGUGCGGCUGUGCCUCCUGUGGAUGCCUGGACCUUUCUGACGCUCUGUCGAACCCGUUUCCCUCGUUCCAUCAUUUCCCUUGGAUGGACAACUCAGGAAGGCUCGUGUCUGAAGAUGGGGUACACGCGGGAGAUGGUCGAGAGCAUGGGUGCCCUGGUUCGGGAGUACAACCUGGGUCAGCCCGUGAGCUUUCCCGUGUGGCUGCCCCUGGCACGUCGUUCGCUGGGCGACCUGCAGCGGCUGCUGGCCCAAGUGCCGCGUUCUUCGUUGACUGUGUUUGCCCGCCGCGGUGAGCCGUGGGCGGCCGCACUGCCCGAUCUCGCCGCUCUGCGCUCGGCCUUCAGCCCAUCGCUCGUCUAUUACGACCUGCCACAUGACCUGCUCCAGGCCUUCCUGCCCCUCUGCUAGGUCAAUGCUCUCAGAAAAUGUCGUCCUGCCAUGUCCGUCGUCAUCUCUGGCCAACUGUUGGAAGCCGGCGACCUAUCCAAGAGAAAGGCAUCCAUGGCACGUACCUGUGACGACGAAAGCAAUCAAGACACCAGUGAAACUUCCAGCGUCAGUGUUGCCUUGGGUGCUUGCCACACCGGUGUUUUGUUUUAAUGAGGUUUGACACACGUGUAAUACGUUAUUGGUCUGUUUCAUCACUCAGACCUAAUAGAAGCACACCAGCAGCAAUUUCCAGAGAAAGGGCCGGUACAACCUAUACAAAGCAUGUCUGUCAAUAUACUGCAGCUGAGAGAUAGUAGCUUUGUCAGUUUUCAUGCACACUGGACGUACUGUCACAAAAUAAUAUGUCCUCGCAAUGAGCUUCAGUCCUAACACACAGCACAUGCUGAAAAGAAAAAAAAAAGAGACAGUGAACUUCACCUUUGUUUGCUUGUGCUCGCUGUAUGUACUGUGGCAAGCUUUGGCAUCAAGAUGCCCACUGUAACACUACGCGUGGCCGUGCUUGCAUGGUGCUAAGAUAUUGACGCAAGUAGAAGUUGCCUGUAUAGAGGCGAUGUUAGAGCGCCUUUCCGUCUCUUUUUCGACGUUUUUCAGACCUUAUCCUCCCAGAGAGCACUUUGAUAACGCAGCUGUUGUGGCAGCCUUGUGGCUUGGAUACCUCAGCUUAGAUGAUUUAGUGGUGGGUUGUCGCUUUCUUGUCACGUGGUUGCCAGUUCACCUUUUCUGGAUUGCCUAUAGCUGUGAAUGUGCUUCAACGUGCACGACAUAUAGAGAUUUUUGCCUUUACAGUGGCCUUGUAAACAGUACUUUGAUGGUCUCGUGGCCCUCCAAUGGGGGGGGUCACAGUAAUAUAUAGAGCACACGACACAGUGCUGGCCCCGUUUAUGUUUUUUUGUGCCAUCAAGUACGGCAAAAAGCGCAUGGGACUGAGGUGUGGUCAGGUUUGUAGUUGUCGCAGAGAUGGAUCUAGAGAGUCAUGGUUACGCUGAUGUGCUAGUUUUUAUAGGAUGUGCUGUCUGUCACUGAGAAACAAAAUAUGCAGAGCUGCGGCAAUGUCGCGCGAAAUGAUGACUUUGUAAGUGAAGCAAGAAAGCGCCUUAAACCUCUUGCUGACUUUCAAAGGUUCCAGUUUGAAAUUAGCUAAAUGUGUGCAGUGAUGUAGUACUGCAAUGCCCAAAAGAUUUCCAAGCCAACGUGGGAGAUGAAGUUUUAAGUGGUUGGACAAAUGUGCAACAUAAUGCGGGAACUGUGUUAAAAGCAAGGGCACCACAUUUAUUACCACAAGGUAUUAAAUUGUAACGCGUGAAACAUGACACUUAGAGAGUGAGAGAAGUGACAUUUUUCUGGAAGUUCCACCUGAUCUCGGUGUCAGUGCCGUGCAAUCUUUCUUUGACAGAUCCCCUUGUGAGGUAAGGUUAGGGAUCCGGGAGGCAGUGAUCUUAUACAUGUUCGGUAGUCAUGUCAAACUGCACUCUUUGCAACGAAGGCACGGUAUGGCGUUGGUGCAGCUCUGUGUUUUCAAGAUGCCUUACGAAAAGACAGCAAGAAAGAGUGCGAGAGUGUUGCGUGCAGCAGAGAAUUGUUAAACGGUUGUUGUUUCUGUAAAGUACGAGGGGGACCACACCAGAUCGAGUCUGAUGCAAGAGCAAUGUGCUGUGGCACGGUGUGCAUGUGAAUGUGUGCAUGUGAAUGUGAGCAUGUUGUAUCAUCGUAACUAUAAAUACGUGUUGUCCUUGAGCAUGCAGAGUGCACUGAAGUACCAUGUAUACUGGCGGUGUGCACCUUAACGUUAGUGGCGUGUCACCUUGUUUGUUUGUUUUUUCUUUUCUUUGCUGCAGAUGUAGGGUGCUUCGUUAAUGAGAUAUUGGAAAUGCAUAGGCAGGGGGUGGUCAUGACAGCAGGAUAAAACGUAGCUAUAUAUGCAACGGUAUGUUAGCUACAAACUAGGCAAACAUGGUAGUAUAAACUGUAUCGCACAAGGCCUUAAAUAUGCCGUUAAAGGAUCACCUUUUCUGCCCACAUUACAGAGAGCCUCCUAUGAUGCUCUCUGUUAUUGAGCAAGGCCACUGAUUUUCCCAUUUACUCAAACAAAAGUGUGCAGCUCAUCAUAGUUUCUAAAGGGCCUCAUAGAAAUUUUUAAAUGUGUUUGUAUAUUUCAUCUCGUACAAAAAUUUUCUACAUUAGCACAUUUCAACAUACUUGAGAAACACUACCUUCUGCUAGUGGUUAUGAUGCAGAGGAGUGGAAAACACUGAAUGAGUGAAAAAUGUAUCGCACCUUAAUGGUAGGUAAUGCACAUGCAGUUUUGGAAUAGUAGAAUGUUGGGCAACAAACACAAUAAUGCAUCUGCAACAAAUGUUUUCAGUGCGUAGCCACAUUGUGUCGGUAUGACUGUGUGGCUCUGUGCAAUGGCAAAAAUGUUAUUAUUGCCUGUAUGCAUACUCUGCAUAACCACUUUGAUGGAUAAGCGAAUCGUACAAAAUAGACGUGCCUACAGUGCCAUGCUGAGUGCACCAGAAGUACACUCCAUGUAGUUUCAGCUUUAGCAGUCACAAAAGAACGUUUAAGGCUGCCAGGCCAAUCAAUAGGGUGUAUUCCACAGAGUGCUCGCAACCUUUUCUGCAAUUGCACAAUGACAUAGAGAAAGGAACGUCUUGGCAGUCUUAACAGUAACAACUUUAAUUGCUGCUCUAACUAUCUCGUACUGCUGAGAAGGCUGUAACAGACACAUGAAAAGAAAUAUGCCAUAUUAUGUUAAGAAUUUGUGCACAAUUUGUGUCUCCAUACAGAGAGAGCCUCGUGGUCACCAUGUUUGUCUAGACUGUUGAGGCACGUCAGGAUCACAAAAUGCUGUAGAAAGCCUCUAAGACAUAGUGCAAGGCACAGUUUGACAUUUCCAUAUUCAAGAAGCAGAACAAUUGGAGCACAAAUUUUUAUAAGUGGGCAAUCUGCAUCUUCACGUUAGCACUUGGGGGAAAUCUUGACCCAUGCUUCAUUUGUACGAGUUUUCCAACUGAGAGUGGAAAACAAUUUUACGUCCUGGUGCCUUUUAAUGGAGUCUUGCAGUGUGGUUUUCUGGGCCAGUUGGCACAUGAUGACAAGUGAAGGGUUCCAACAAUUAUGUUUCAAACGCAAGCACAAGAAGAAAGAAAACCAGCCUUGUCCUGUGCAUUUCCUUUUGUCUUGUUCUCGCAUUGGAAAAUUGCUGGAACCCUUUAUUCGUCAUAAUGGAGUCUGGUUUGAUUUAUAAUGCAAGUGAGAACUGCAAGCUGUGCCAGCAUAGCCUUGAUCUAGUGUGAGAGUAGGAAUCGGUUUGUACGAGCAAACAUAUAAUGAGGGAUAAUUAUCAAUCAUUUUCACACACAUAUACUGCUUGACACAUGCAACACAGCUCCAUUUGUUAUAGGAGGCUGUCAUUGCAAUCAUGAAAGACUUUGUACAUUUUAUCUCGCAUAACGCAUAGCAUGCUGAACUGUGCAGCUACCCUGGUUCUCAGGCAAGAGCCGCGAAUAUUCACAGUAAAGUCAGCCCUAUCCGUCGCAGUUUCCUCAACCAGUCAUUUGGUUGCCAGAGCUUACAUACACUAUUAAAUGCACGUCAUAAAUGGCCUUGGAAAAUACCAUGCAAAUUCAGAAGCAAGACUUGUAGCGAUGUAAAGUAACUGUUGUACAUAGGCAGCCCUGCGUAAAGUAGCAACUUGCUAUGUGCACCAGCACCAGAUGAAUUCCAAAUGUUCACAAACUAAUUGAAUAAAAUAAUGCAAGAACAAAGAACACACAAACCCCGGGCAGUGCAGUGAACAGCACGUAUUUGUAUUCUCCUGAUUGCAUCUCCCUCUCCACUUCAAAACUUCAAUGGAGUGGCAUCAGAGUGAAAAUUUACACUCCAUACUUUCUUGAAUAAGAGUGCGCCUUUUUAUGAUGCGUAAAUUUUUUAGUGUGGGCCAGGGUUGUCUGGAGCUACUACGAAGUCCGGGUGUCCUGUUUUAAAUUGCAAUCCAAGGCUACAUUGCAAUUGAGAAAACGUAUGAUCUCCUAAUUUACUAUUUCUGCAUUUUUUUUCUCUAACCGCUCCCCUUUUACACAUGAUGCUAUUGUUAUGCCACAUGAGAUUUCCUUUUACACUCUAUCAAGCAUAUUUGAGGAGCCAUUUCUUAAAGAAGGAUUUUGUUGUGACAAUGCAUGAUAGGAACCGUCUCCAUUGGAACCGUCUCCAUUUAGGAAUGAAGAGGAUGCCUACCUUCACUAUGUUUUCAUUGUACGCUCUCCCGUCCGAAUAACAGAACUUGCUUAGAUUGUAUAGAAUAAGGCAAUGUAAACUUAACCAAGGAUGGCGCAUUAUAACCUGGCUUUCUAUUCCCGAGGCCUUACUUGGCAGCAUUUAUACACGUUGUUGUAUACAGGUAGUAAUUCACCGUUUAAAAACAUAGACUAAAAUGCCAGCAAUGCGUCCAUACGGUUUCAAAUGUGCAGAAAACAGCUUUCACGCCUGGUUCAACUUUACGACGCAAAGUUGCUAGGCACAACACGCCUAGUUGAGGCAGAGAUGUAGAUAUCAGUUGCUGUUCUUGCAUAAACGUGUUUCUCUUUUGCAUUUCACCCUGCAUUACCAAAUUAUUGUACAAUUUUCCGGUUACUACAGGUCUCAAAAGGCAGUAUUGAAAAUGGAAUAUCAUCUGAAUGUGUUAGUUUAAGUCUAGAGAAAACCAUUGCUUGAGAGCACAUGACGAAACACAGAAAGGCUAUGCUAGAAAGAUCUUUCAGGACCAACAAAACAAACCAGUGGGCUAGUGGGUACUGCAUAUGUUGAGGUAUAGCGCAGAGAAACAAUGCGCAACAACAGAAGACAUGACACAGCAAUAUGUGCUUGUGUCUCCAGUCAACCGGCAUCAUUUCUUUGAUCUAAACAUCAAGAUAUUUGAGGUCAGUCAGUCGAGCGAAAACAGUGAACUCAAGUUGAAGUACAAAAGCACAGUUCACACUUCCUUUUCCAUUGUGAUUAAACAAGGUGCUACCACAAACCUAGCGGUGCUGAACUGCUGCGAACUGUGAUCUUAAGUGGUAACAACAACAGGUACAUAGUUGUCCUCACUUCUACUAAUAUACCACAACGAUAAUUUCAGUAGAUCCUACAGUGCUGAAAUGUUCUUUCUGGUUUACACCCAAGUAUUGGAGGGUUUUACUUUGAAAGAAGUGGCUUUAGAUCCAUCUUUCUUUUUUUUUUGCUAUGAUCAUCAGUCGCUACGAAUAGUCAGUCCUGUUGACGUUAUUUCAGUAGAAUGCCCGCUGAUGACAAAUUGAGAAUUCGUAGGCUUGCAUACAGGGGGAGAGGGGCAAGGGUCAAUGGUCUUAAGCCCACUGAAUCUGAUGUCUGUCAUAGUAUGCAAGAGUUACGGGGCAAACAUGCUUUCGCCAUGUCUACCAACUGUCGUCCUGUACCAUGUGCUUGUACCAUGACGUGCAAAAUUUUGUUUUUAUUAACACAUACACGAUAAUGCGAGACAUUCGUAAUCUAGAACAUUGUUGCAUGUAUCGGUAGACUUAAGGGCACCAAACAACAAAGUGAAAGAUUUGAGAAUAAAAUACCCAUGGACAGCUUUUAGCAGAGGUGUCAAUAAAUCUUGCUAGAUGCCAUGAAGCGAAUGUCAGCUGCAAAAAAAGAUGCGCAAGGAUAGAGUGAGAUGGCAGAACAUGGCUAUUAGGCUAUGCCUCCACCCAACUAGUGGCCACUUUGGCUUAACAGCUGGAAAUAGGAUACAGACUAAAGAAAUUUACUGUGCAGUCUGUAAGCCUGACUUACCUAUGCCUGUUGCAGACCUUGGGCACUGUAGUGUUCGUUGUACUGAAACACAUUUUGAACGUCGCAAGAAUGUUACCAUGCAUGUUGAUGUAUAAGAAUGACAGUCAACAAGUGUGAAGGUUAGGAAAACGCAUGAAAGAUGGCUUUACUUGAUUCUAUUGUUGGGCUUAAAAUGCCGGGCAUUGUGCCAUCUACAUUACUGUCACAUCGUGACACAGUGCAACAUUUGUCGACAUCGUGUAACACUAAGGCUGGCCAUCGUUACAGUGCUUCUGAAAAAAAAUUGAAGUGUCUGCUGCACGCAUCUAUUCAGACUCCCUUCGCUUGUGGGAGCCGCAGAAGAAUUGCACACAGGCAGGGCAAGUCACAGGAGUUGAGUGAGGCAGCGCAUUUCGCCAUCAUGACGUAUUCACCUCCCAAGUACUGAAACAGAAAUGUCCAAAACAAAUAUAGUUAAUUUAGAGCACUCUGGCACUUGCCAGCACUUUUUUUAAGGUUGAGAGAACUUCUACAUUCACUUAAUGCAAAAAAAAAGGACAUUUGAAAAAUUUUGUCAGUGCUACAAGUCUAAGCAGCUAUCUUCCACAUGCCCCCAUUUAGCUCUUAAGUUUAUGGCACCACUACUGCCUGCAACUGGGUUGCACGCACAAUCAAAUUUAGGUGCAACUUCUCUUGCAUCUGAAUUCAUAAAUCAAAGAUAUUAAUUUUUUGCCCCAACCAGUUGGGCCUGUACAAGUUUGAGCCUUGUUACGCGCAGUGGCCUUUCUAGCACUUAAAAGCACCAUGCAGCUAGCAGUGUGUGUAGCGUAGAGGUGCACGCUUGUAGUAGUACAGUUGUAGUUGUUGCUAGAAAAAUGUUGUUGUUGUGAGCUAAACGACUUUCUUCAAAAUGAGACGGUGAAAAAAAGUAUGCCUUGUUUUUCUUAAUUCUUUUUUUCAGCAGCUGGCUGAAAGCACAAAUAAAGGAUUUUUCAAAAGCAGC